AUGAGUGCGCACGAUAGUAUCGUAAUCUUGGGAGCUGGCAUUAUUGGCCUUGAUGUAGCUCUUGUCCUCGCAGAGAGAGGCUACGGCAAGUCCAUUACAGUCAUUGCUGAGCAUCUUCCUGGAGACACAGCUCUGACUUAUACUUCUCCAUGGGCUGGCUGUAACUUCUCAGCUAUCUCUGGCACAGAUGCCAACGCCCUGAAAUGGGACAAGGCCGGAUAUUUCCAUCUCAGCAAGCUUGCUUCUGAGAGGCCAGAGCAAUCUUACGUUAAGCGAACGCCUUCCACUGAGUUAUGGGACGACAUUGUUCCUCGUGAUAAGAUUCAGGCAAUGUCUGAGUACCUUGAAGACUUCCAAGAACUUCCAGUCUCUGAACUGCCUGAGGGCGUCAAGUUUGCUGUAUCAUUUACUACUCUCACUGUAAAUGCGCCGAAGCAUCUGCUCUACCUCUAUGAGCGACUGAAGAGUGACUACGGUGUUCGCUUUGUUCGACAAAAGCUUCCAGAUCUUCAGACCGCAUUUUUCAGCCAAUCUACCCAGAUCGUGUUCAACUGUACUGGCAAUGCUGCGCGAAUCUUGCCGGGAGUCGAGGAUUCUAAAUGCUACCCGACCAGAGGACAAGUGCUGUUAACUCACGCGCCCGAGGUUCACACGAACAUUAUGAGGCAUGGUAAAGAUUACGAGACAUACGUGAUCCCUCGGCCAUUUUCCAAAGGACAUGUUAUUCUCGGAGGGUAUAUGCAAAAGGGCAACGGUGACGGUGCUACCUACUCGUACGAAACAGAGUCUAUCCUGGAACGCACCAAGGCGCUCAGUGAUGAAGUCAGGAAUGGAAGUCUAGAUGUUCUCGCAGCUUUCUCCGGCCUUCGUCCGUCGCGCGAAGGAGGUGCUCGAGUAGAGAGGGAAGACUUGACUGUCGCGGGACAGAAGCGUACUGUCGUUCACAACUAUGGUGCUGGUGGCACUGGGUUCCAGGCUGGUUAUGGGAUGGCUUUAGAUGCCGUUCGUGCUGCAGAGCCUGUUUUGUCAAAGAUUCAAACUGAAUUCAAGUCGAAGCUGUGA